UGGGCAGUGUGAGUGCUAAUGAAAGAGAAGUUCAUCACACUGCAUUCUCUUUUGGCAAAGCUUAAAAGAUGCUGCGUUUUUUUCUUUUCCUGCUCUUUUUUGGCCAGGUUGUUCAGAGCCUAAGAAUCUGCUCUUUCAACGUGAGAUCAUUUGGAGAAUCUAAGAGAAAAAACCCAGAAAUCUUAGAGGUUAUUGUAGAGAUUGUAUAUCGCUGUGAUAUCAUGCUCCUAAUGGAAAUAAAGGACAAUAGGAACAGAAUAUGCCCCUUUCUAUUAGAGAAACUAAAUGGACAAUCAGAAGGAGCAUACAGUUAUGUGGCCAGUAACAGGUUAGGAAGAAGGAAUUACAAGGAGCAAUAUGCUUUUUUCUACAGAGUGGAAAGCGUCUGUGUGAAGCAAAUCUAUCAGUAUCCUGAUCUGCAACCAGGUGAUGAAGAUGCCUUUUCCAGAGAACCUUUUGUUGUUUGGUUCAACUCUCCAAAAACAGCGGUCAAGGAAUUUGUGAUCAUCCCGAUACACACAACGCCUGAAAUGGCUGUGAAAGAAAUCGAUGAACUCUAUGAUGUGUUUCUGGAUGUCAAGUUGCGCUGGAAGACUAAGAAUUUCGUAUUUAUGGGAGACUUCAAUGCUGGCUGUGGCUAUGUGGCAAAGAAGCAGUGGAAAAAUAUCCGAUUACGAAAUUACACUGACUUUGUUUGGAUAAUUGAUGAUAACAACGACACAACUGUGAAAUCAACAACACACUGCCCCUAUGACAGGAUUGUGCUCCAUGGAGAGAUGCUUAUAAAUAGCACCACGCUGGGCUCAGCCAAUAUCUUUGAUUUUCAGAGGGCCUUGUCCAUGACUGAAGAACAGGUUGAUUGAAGGAUUGGGCCUUAGCAGUGAGCGAUCACUUCCCAGUAGAAUUCCAGCUGAGAACAACCAGACGUUCCUCGGGAAGAACAGCCAGAUAUUGUAGAACUAUUGUAUCAUAAAUCCAGUGAAAUGUCGUUCUAGUCAAACUUAAAACACACAAGCACAAAAAAUGUAUAUUCACAAGAAAAUUACAGAUUACUGUAAUGCUCUCUACAUGGGGCUCCCCUUGAAGUGCACUCGGAGGCUUCAGUUAGUCCAGAAUGCAGCUGCGCGGGUGAUAGAAGGAGCUCCGCGUAGCUCCCAUAUAACACCGCUCCUGCGCAGACUGCACUGGCUACCUGUGGCCUUUCGAGUGCACUUUAAGGUGUUGGUUACUACCUUUAAAGCGCUCCAUGGCUUAGGGCCUGGGUACUUACGGGACCGCCUGCUGUUACCACAUGCCUCCCACCGACCCGUACGCUCUCACAGAGAGGGACUUCUCAGGGUGCCGUCCGCCAAGCAAUGUCGGCUGGCGGCCCCCAGGGGAAGGUCCGUCUCUGUGGGGGCUCCCACCCUCUGGAAAGAACUUCCCCCGGGUUUAUGCCAAAUACCUGACCUUCGGACAUUCCGUCGCGAACUGAAGACGCAUCUUUUUAUUCGCUCGGGGCUGGCUUAAAUGGAUUUUAACAAAUUUUUAAAUUCUUAGAAAUUAAUUUUAAAUGGGGUUUUUUAGUUUAUUAUAUAUUUUAUUUCUCAGGCCAAUUUUGAAAUAAGUUUUUUAACUGUAUUUUAAUUUUGUAUAUUGCACCGUCUGUUUUAUUCUUGCCUGUACACCGCCCUGAGUCCUUCGGGAGAAGGGCGGUAUAGAAAUCAAAUAAAUAAAUAAAUAAAAAUAAAAAAGA